GUAAACGAGAUACUAUACCACAGUUAAAAAAACGUACAUAAACAAAUUUAUCUAUAAAUAGAUACACGUCGGUGCAUUCAAAAGAAGCUAGGUUUGGCCGAUAGUAUCUAGGGAUAAAAUGGAUUUAAUACUUCAUGAAUAAGGAUUAAUGUCAUUGAGUGGCUGUAGGCAUUUAUAACGAACAUACCUCUCUACAACUGCAGUUGAAAAUGACUAUGAAUAUCAACGUCGUCGGCCUAUCUAGCUACGCAAGAGAUGUUUAUAACCGUUUUGGUGUAGGCAAAUCUUGCCUUUGUAACAGAUUUAUGCGCCCAUCAGCUGACGAUUAUAUCACCAAUCACCGGUCUAGAAUCAGUUUUGCAGACUUUUAUGGAAGUGCGGUGUAUAAGAACCACUUUCUUUACUGGGGUGAAUCAACAAAUCAUUUUAUGCCGAAAAAUAUUAAAUUUAGAGUGUUUGAACAAACAGUAUUCAUUGACGAGUUUGUGGCGUAUCCUUUUGAAAGUAAAUCUUCCUACCUUCAACGCUGUAUGACAAGGUCGAUACAUUUAGCUGGAAAGGCAGUGUACCAUGGACCAAAUAGUCUUGAUUGUGAGCAAAGUUCGAAAUCGCAAUCUGCCACUGAGAAGUUCAACGUUGACGGUAUUUUAUGCUGCGUUGAUGUAAAUAAAUUCAACGAUAACAUUGAUGAUCAGUUGAUAUUUACUACGGAAAUACUCAAAUAUGGUAUAAAAACCAUGAUCCCAGUUGUUGUUGUCACAACAAAAAAUGAUGAAAGAGAUGAGGACUCCAGCAACAAAGUUAAAACACUUGUUUCCCGAGAGCAGUUUAAGGACAAAUGCAUUCUUGUAGAAUCAUCGUCACAUUUGAAUGUCAAUGUAGAUACCGCAUUUCAUGCACUUGCCACGCACAAGAAGAUGUUACGCAAAAGUAAAGACCGACCAAUGGUGGUUGCAUUCGGUCCGUCAGACGUAAGAAGGAAGGAAGUUCUUAAACUAGCAAGAAAUGAUAUGAAUAUUCUGGUACAAAAUCUCCUUCCACGCUUUAAAUGGACUGAGGGUCUUGAACAUGCCUUUAAGGUAAUAUCUAAAUACACUGCGUAUGGAAAUUUCUUACAUGAAUACGGAUAUCGACAGACAAAAAGGGUUGUGGAAGAAGGACUUCUUCAAGAGCUGAAGCAAAAAUACAUUGAGAUGUUCUCAAAGCAGUACUUACCACAACUGCUGCGCGCCAACGUUAAAACUUUGCAGUGUUUACAAAACAGGACAGUCGAGGAAUGUAUCGUGGCCCUUGUCAAAGUUGCAGAUCAUACUCACUACAACCAGACAUUUGGAUGCUUUCCUCGCCUUUUAGAACAACUGCAUUUCAACGACGUUUUGCGACAAGAAGGAUUUCAAACGGAGAUCGCUUUGUCAUUAUCUGCAAAGCAGAUAUUUGCAAAGCACGUUGAAACUUUGGAACAAAGGGAUACGCAGGACAAACUGAAAGCUGAGUUUUUGGAGUUGCUUUUUGAGAGACCAUAUGCAUUUCAAAAUAGCCACAGGAGUAGUUCAUUUGAAUAUGAAGACAUAUUGGACAUUUGUUGCUACCUAAAAGAUGAUUGCAGAUAUCGGAAUCUAGACGAUUAUGAAGAUCUACGAACGACUAUUCUCUUGAAUCAUGUCAUGUUCCUGGAACAUCCGAGUAUUGAAAGAUGUCCUUUCCACCAUCCCCUUCAAGGACAAUGUACUAGUUGCGUAGAUUGCCAAGUUGCAGCAUUGCUACCCGAGUGUUUGAAACAGCCUGCUUUUCCAUCCUGUCACACACGAUGCUCUGGCGUAGUACGGCUACUUGUAGUGAUGCAAUGCGGAGAUCCAUUUGACAUCAAGAUCCCUUUGGCGCCAUUCUUGCACAGGACGUCACUCCAAGAAACCUCGCACAUAGAUUUAAAGAAUCGAACUGAUACGGAGCUGAUUCGGAACACAUUUAUUUCAAGGGCUGUUGACACAAAGAAUGCAAACGAGUAUGAAAUCAAAGUUACCGUUACUUCGAGUCAUAAACUUGACACUUCACUGAACACAUCAGAUAUAGAUGCAUGCAUACUUGUAUAUAGCGCAGAGCGACCAGCUUCCAUCGUUUGCAUUGAACAAAUCGUUGGUAGUGUGGAUCCGUCUAUUUCGAUGCUUGUAAUGGCAAUAUUGAAAGAGGAAAAUUAUUCUCAAAAGGAAACUAGUCGAUUGAUUCGAAGGGGCAUCCAUAUUUCUGAAUGUCACAAUGCCAUGUUUAUACGGAUGUCAGACAGCCCGACCUCAAAUGUUUCAGAUUUAGACAAUGUAUAUGAAAAUUAUCUGCGGUUACUGACGAAUGAAAACAUGAGAAGAACUUCCCGAAGUUGCACAAGCAAGCUCAAGACAAGUUUAGAUGUUGGAGCACAGAUGACAAGAAAUAGAUUUAAGGCUCCAAAGCCAGAAAAUGUGAUACAUGAAGAAAGUACCGACUCUGAAACAACCUGUUCAUACUCCGAGCACCCUUCAAGUGACAGAGUGAACUCUUGGUCCUCAACAGAUGUGUCAAACUUUGAAAGACUCUCACUUUGUACAAAUACAUCAUCUUCAACUGAAUCAGUAUCAACGUUUGAGAACAUGUCACGAUGUUCGUCAGUGGGGAAUCUUUCCUUAUCAUUAACCUCAAUGAGUGUAAUUCCUGAGGAUGCCCAGUCUCUUUUAUACGUUGAGCCCUUCAAGCUUGCACUAAGGACACAUAACUACAGUGCCGACAGCAUCUGUCAGGACGAAGAAACGCACAGGAAAUGCUUAGAGCCUGACACUUGCGUAAGAAAUCAAAUAGGUACAUCCACUAGAUUGAGUGAAAUUGAGGACGAGUUGAAUGUUUAUCAACGAAACAGAAGUAUGGAAAAUGAAAUGCUAACAAUACGGGACUGUUUAACACUUGAAACGGAGGCUGUUCUCAAAGAAAUUCAUCUACAAUCGCAACGUGUGACAGAAACAGUUGAAAAUGCUGCAGCAAAAGCUGGCCAUCAUAGAAAGAAAACCAAAAUAACGUACAGACGAGUGCGACAGACUGAAUCAUCGAUACUGGAAACCGCUGCAAAAUGCAAUAGUACAAGGGAUGAUGUGCGAAGUACUUACAGGCGCUUUAAGAAGUCAAAUAGAAAGGCCCAAAUAGAGUCCGAGGACACUUUGCAACGUAUACAAAAAAUUGUUGAUGAUCUACACGAUCAGAAAAGGAAGAGACCCUCACGAAUAUUUAAAGGAUUUAAUUGUUUCCGUACUUAAAUAACACUACCAACAAGACGAAGAAGAAUCCAAAGGUUAUUGGUUUCUAAUACCAGUAUUUGAUUUCCGGACUAGACGUAUGUCAGUUUGGUUGGUGGUCACAAAGCCGAACAAAGGGGAUUUCUACCGGCACUCCGGUUUCCCCAGCAACACAAGACCACACUCUUGAACAGCAUUGUGCCAAUGAGAGUGACUGCGCAUCAUUUACAAACACUUUCUUCAUUAUCAUUGUAAAUCAACUAUUGUUUUAAGUAAACCUUAGACGUGUAUAGGUCCAAAAUAACAAAACGGUUUGAAUGUGAAAGAAUUGAUUUGACGAAGGUAAAUGUAAAAAAAAACAAGACAUCCGCAAAUUGUCAAAUUUGUAGUAUAAUUUUGACUAAACAAUCCAAGCAUAUUCUUCAGGUGGACAAAAGCUGUCUUACCAUUCUAUGGUUGUGAUCUUUUAAUUGCUUGUUUUUUUUUACUUUUACAUAUUAUAAUAUUUGUUUCCGAAUGAUAUGGGAAACGGCGAUAAUGUAAAGGCAAUAAUAAUAUGAGGUCAUCUUGUUUACCACCACAAACAUGCGUUAUUCCAUCACAAUCCAACGUUUUUUCAACCUCUUCACCUUGUAUAACGUUUGGACACGGUUAAAUGCCUCUUUAAAAAGAUAUUAAACUAUUCGUAUGUAUGAUACACGACCAUUUUUGUUCAACAAGAAAGGAAAGCUCAAAAUAUAUGAUACACUCGUAGCUAUGGCCAGGCUCACAAGCAUGACCGAAAUUACAUGCUUUAUAGAAAACGGGAAAAGCAUUGUUUCUUACUAUGCAUAUUAAAACAUAUGUUGUUUUUAUUUUGUUUAUGUUUAUAAAUUACAUUUGUGUCUUUCCUUGACAAGUUGCUCUUGUAAAACAGUGAGAGUACCUAAAAGUGCGAUGGAAAUUCGAACAAAUGCAAUUGCAGUUGCCAUACUUUUGUAUUUACUAGCUCAAAUAAACGACAUUUGCCAAUGUCAUUUUAAUAGA